CUUAUCCUUAUAAUUACUUCACCUCUUCGCGCCUUCCACUUUUCAAUCUCAACGCCAAUCUACUUCUCUUCUCUUGAUUCAAAAUUCUCUCUGUUCAAUCAUGGGUCCGACGGGGGACCGAUCCGAGAUUGCCUUCUUUGAUGUGGAGACCACCGUUCCGACCCGCCAAGGGCAGAGAUUUUCCAUUUUGGAGUUUGGAGCCAUUCUGGUGUGCCCUAGGAAGCUGGAUGAGUUGGAGAGCUAUUCCACUCUCGUUCGACCCUCUGAUCUCUCCCUCAUUUCCUCCUUAUCUGUGCGAUGCAAUGGAAUUACUAGAGAUGCCGUCAUUUCUGCUCCUACUUUCGCCCAAAUUGCUGAUAGGGUUUACGAUAUCCUUCACGGGCGGAUAUGGGCAGGCCAUAACAUACUGAGAUUUGAUUGUGCUCGCAUAAGGGAGGCUUUUGCAGAAAUUGGUAUGCCAGCACCAGAGCCGAAAGGUACAAUUGAUUCAUUGGCAUUGUUAACUCAAAAGUUUGGAAGGAGAGCUGGCGACAUGAAGAUGGCUACUCUUGCUUCCUAUUUCGGGAUAGGACAACAAACACACAGGAGUUUGGAUGAUGUCAGGAUGAAUCUCGAAGUUCUGAAGUAUUGUGCAACUGUCUUGUUUCUGGAAUCAAGUCUUCCCGAAGUUUUCCCAGAGAACAGUUGGAUUUCUCCAAAUGCUGUUACUAGGCGUCGUGCUGCAAAAUCAUCCCCACAGGGGAUUAAUGCAAAUAAUAGUGCUGCAAAAUCAUCCCCACAGGGGAUUAAUGCAAAUAAUAGUGCUGCAAAAUCAUCCCCACAGGGGAUUAAUGCAAAUAGUAAUACUCGUUCGUCAAGUUCAAGGAUUGGUGGUAGCCCCAUAUCUCUAACAGAUCAACAAGGGGAAGCUCAUCCGAUAUUAUCCCUUGUAACUUGCAGCUCUGAGGAUGGAGCCUCGAAUCUGGUGGCUGACUCUGAUGCAACUGAAUCAGAUUCUUUUAACAUGGGCACUCUCAGUGACCAAAUAGCAGGUGAAUCGCUUGAAACAUAUUCCAGCAUGGAAGAAGAACAUGCCCCGGUAUCCACUGAAGCAUCUCCCACAGAGAAUACUUCCACAAGUCUUAGUGCUGCUACUGAAUUUUUGGAGCCUGAUCAGGUGUCUGUUUCGUCCAUCACUGCAUCUUUCGUGCCAUUUUUUCGUGGGAGUCAAAGAAUACAAUUAUCACACAAAGAUGACUGCUUACAGCUUCUUUGUAAUAAUCUGAGAGUUCGAUUUGGCAUAAGCACAAAAUUCACUGAUUAUGCUGGCCGUCCAAGGUUGAAUUUUGUGGUUGAUGUACCACCAAGUUUAUGCAGGGUUCUUGAAGCAUCUGAUGGCGUGGCUCAGAGAUUAUUCUCCGAAUCUGGCAGCGGUUCUGAGUGGAGGCCUGUGGUGAUGAGAAAGAAUGGCUAUUUCAACUACCCGACAAUGAGAUUACACAUUCCAACUGCUGUAAGUGGAGACAUGGCGAUUUACGCUACAGAGAUGUAUCAAAAAGAAGCAUCAGGCGGUGCACAAAGGCUGAUAUUCAGUAAAUUCGACGCUGUAGAGCUUGAUAGCCUGAUCAAUCCAGGAGGCAUCAUAGAUGCAUUCAUUUCCUUGGAUACAUAUGAUUAUCAACAGAGUGCAGGCAUUAGAUUGGUAGCAAAAAAAUUGAUCAUCCAUUCCUAGAAAUGGGAGAUCAAGUUGUCCCAUUAUUGAACUAGCUCUGAUGUCGUUAUUAUACAUAGUUCACUGACUAACAUUCAAAUUGUCAAUAAAUCCCCUUUC